AUGUAAAUUAAAAAACUAAAGUGGAAAACAGAUUUUGAAAAAUCAGUUAUUAUUGAGAAUUUUGUGAAUAGAGGUUGGAUAAAAUCGUAAGAAAAGGAAGAAGACUCUACUGAUUGGAAUGUUUAUUGGGCAACUGUAUGGAAUGUAAGAAAUAUAUUUAACCCUAAAAAUGGUAUGAGAUUGAAUGACUAAGUAAUUUAAAAAUCAAUCAUAGUAAAUCAUAAAUCACUUUCCUAAUCAUUAUGAAUUAACAAGAAAAGAUUGUAUGGUUAAAAAUUUGAAGCGUUUUAAGAGAGAAUAAGAUAAGGAAAUAUAUGAAUAAUAAGGAUGGAAUUUUGAUUUUUUACCAACAACUUAUGUCUUUCCAGGAGAAUAUUCUCUAUUUGUUGAAGAAUUUCAUAGAUGUCCAAAUUAGACAUGGAUUGUUAAACCUGCAGCAAGAAGUUAAGGAAAAGGAAUAUUUCUAUUAAGAAAAAUUUAACAACUAAAGAAAAUUUCAGGAACCACUGUAACAAGCAAUAUGACUUAACUUAAUCUUGCAUCUAAAGAGAAUUAUGUAGUUUCUAAAUAUAUUGAUAAUCCACUUUUAAUAGGUGGUAAGAAGUUUGAUUUAAGAAUGUAUGUUUUAGUUACAAAUUACAAACCACUAAAAGUUUGGAUCUAUAAUAAGGGAUUUGGAAGAUUUUGCAAUGAAUAAUAUACUACUGAUGUAGCUGAAAUAGAAAACAUGUUUGUUCAUUUAACAAAUGUUGCUAUUUAACAAUAUAGUGAUAAAUAUUCAUAAAAACAUGGUGGUAAAUAUUCAAUAGAUGCUCUAAAAUUCUAUGUUGAAUCAGCCUAUGGAACAGAAUCAUUCUAAAAAAUGAUGGAUGAUAUUCACAAUAUUAUUCUUACUUCUUUAAAAGUAAACAAUAUAUUAGAAUUUUAGUCAGUAUAAGCUGUCAUUUAAAAUGAUAAACAUUGUUUUGAAAUGUAUGGCUAUGACAUCUUACUUGAUGCUAAUUUAAAACCUUGGUUGAUUGAAAUUAAUGCUAGUCCCUCUUUGACUACAACUACUCCGGUAGACAAGAAUUUAAAACUCAAUCUCAUUAAUGAUGUUUAUAAUAUUGUACUACCUAAUGAUGAUUUCCCAGAUAAUGAAUAAAAAUGUAAAUAUCUAUUUAUAUCAAGAACAAUAAAUCAAUAAAGUUGGUGGCUUUAGUGUUCUAUAUGAUGAAAGUUAAGAUUUAAUAAAUCGUAAAGCUCAGAAAAGACAAAGUGUAAAAAUAUGGAAAUGA